AUGAAGGUUACGACGCCGCUUCUGGGGAAGGGCUUGCUAGGUCGUAGCGUGGAUGAGCUGCGCAGGCGUACUAGCAUAGCCCUGAAGAUGGAAGCCGUGAAGGGACCGCUCGGCCCGCGAGGUUUAUACGAAUUCAACAGCGCCGCCUCAAUACAAGACUGCAUCCUCAUGUCUGAUGACUUGAUUGGGGGCUCUUCAAAAAGUCACCUCGACUUCAUAUCUACCGACACCACCAACUCACCUUCAAACCCAGCCGGCUCCUCGUCUCCGUCGUCAUACGCCCGCUUCCACGGCCAAAUAUCUACCUCCCUCCCUGCGGAUCGCCCAACCAUCCAGCGCAGCGGAUACGCGGCGUUUCGCACUCCUGAUCAGCGACCGACCCUAUUUGGCCGUUCGGUGUGGGACAUCGACCCAUAUGCCUAUCUUGCUUUGCGUAUCAAGUCUGACGGCAGAUCAUAUUUUGUCAAUUUGCAGACCGAGGCGGUGGAGCCCACGGAUUUGCAUCAGCAUCGCUUAUUUGCGAAGCGGCCCGGUCAGUGGGAGACUAUCAUAAUUAAGUGGAAUGAUUUUGUGAGGACAAACCAUGGGUUUGUGGUGGAGCCGCAAACAGAGAUAUUAAGACAGAAAGUAAGAACCGUGGGCAUCGGGCUGACGGACCGCGUUGAGGGCCCGUUUGAACUGUGCAUAGAAAAGGUAUGGGCUACGAAUGAGGUUGCUGAAGACGCGACCGUGGUGAAGUCGGGGGCCAGUGAGUUGAAGAAUAAGCGGGGAGAGGAGAUCCAGUGGUAG